AUGAAGUCCGUUCUGCUUGCCGCGAUCGGCCUGCUUGCCGGCUGUGCUGCCGGGCAAGAAUCGACUCCAGGGGGCCCGACACAGACAGGCACCAUCUCGACAUGCGACGAGUGGUAUGUCGUCCAGAGCAACGACACGUGUGAGACUAUCGAGAGCAGCUUUGGCAUCACACUGGCCCAGUUCUUGGCUUGGAAUCCGGCCGUGUCCAGCGACUGUACGACCAAUUUCUGGAGUGGCUACUCCUACUGUGUUGGCGUGUCUUUGGUGACGUCGUUGUCAGCCACAAGGACGCAAUCCAGCAGCCUCUCUGCGACAACGUCCGUGCCGACAGUGACCAGUCCUCCGGGCCCAACUAUGACUGGCACAGCGUCCAAUUGCGACAACUGGUACCUAAUAAAGAAAGGUGACACGUGCGCCACCGUCGAAUCGGCCUAUGGCAUCACACACGCCGAGUUCAUUGCCUGGAACCCAGCUGUCAGCAGCGACUGCGCAACCAACUUCUGGACCGGUGAGGCCUAUUGUGUCGGUGUCGGAGCUGUCCCAUCCAGCAUCGUUUCCAGCUUCGUAAGUAGCCUCGUUUCCAGCUCCGCCAUCAGCUCCAGCAUCAACGCAACAGGCAACGCGACAAUAACCCCCUACUCAACACGCUUCCCGGUGACGUCAUGGAAUAUCUCGUCGCCCACGGUCGGCACGACAUGGCCGCCUACCCAGACACAGGCCGGCCAGCCUAGCUACUGCAACUACUGGCAUCUGGUGCAGCCAGGCGACACCUGCUCGACCAUCGCGUUCGCCUACUCCACCUGGAUGACCCUGGCCGACUUCUUUGCCUGGAAUCCCGUCGUCGGCGCCGACUGUACCGGCCUAUACGUUAUGUACUGGGUAUGCGUAGGCAUCCAACCGCAGACAUCGCUCACGCUCGAGUAUCCGACCACCACGCCAACCAUCCCGGACGAGGUGCCGUGGACGCCGACGCCAACGCCUUCGAUCGACUACAGCUUCACUCCGUCACCUACCCAGGGCCCGCUACCGACAAACUGCGCAAACUACUACUUCUCGAGAGAGAAUGACACCUGCAGCGUCGUGGCUGCCGAGCUGGGCUACAUCACGGAGGACGAGUUUCUCUCCUACAACUCCUAUCUCGACGGCAACUGUAACGGCCUGUGGUCCGGUGUGUACUACUGUGUCAGCGAGUGGUCCGGCUCACAGAGCGACCUGCCUCCGCCGCCAACAGUCAGCGCGAAGCCGUCCUCGGCUCCCAGCGACACCAUCUCGACAUGCAACUCAUGGUACCAGACCAGUGGCGAUGACGACUGUGCUGUCGUAUCGGCCAUCUUCGGCACGUUCUCUGCGUCUGACUUUAUCAGCUGGAACCCGAGUGUCGGCGAGGGCUGCACAGAACUUGUGCAAGACACCUACUAUUGUGUCUCUGUCCCCGGCACGCCGACUACUCGCACAGCUAUCGUGACGCCCACACCCACAGCUACUGCGCCCGUACAAACGGGAAUUGCUUCGGACUGCAACAGCUGGUGGCUUGUUAAAGAUUCCGAUACCUGCGAUAUUAUUAUCACGGCCAAUUCUCUCACUCUGGAGCAGUUCCUCGAUUGGAACCCGUCCGUCGCCAACGGUACCAGCGAUUGUGCUCAGCUGCUGCCAGACUAUGACGUCUGUGUUCUGCUCGAUGGCAUGGAGCCAGGCGGCAACACCACCACCACGGCCAGCUCUACUAGCAUAGUUUCAACAGUACCGGCCUCGACCCAGUCGAGCAGCGCACUCUCGACAUCGUAA